AUGGCUGCAACUGUUGCAGUUCACUCGACGGGACUCGGCCAUAUUUCCAAGUUUGACGAGGCCGAAAUCCUCGCAAGAGGUGACAACCGCGUCAGCCGCGAGCUGCUCGAGUCAUGGUUCUCAGGCCCCGAGUCCAUCAACAAACGCAAAGAUUUGGCGUUCCCAUACGGUGUACUGAGAAAUUGCCUGAGUAAGAGAAUCAGUCAUGUGGAAAGGGCCGGGCCCAGCAACAACUCUGACGACAGCGGGCAUAAUUGUUGCGCAAUUGUGAAGCCCGCAUCCGACGCGGACAAGGAAAUCGUGGCAAUUGAUGAGCCAUCACUGCACCAAUUAAGACCCCAAGUGGUGACUAAAUGA